GUGCCUUGACAAAGCUGCGGUAAUUACAGACAUUGAGAACAAAAAUGGGGACUUCUCCAAUCCAUGGAGGCUUUGCACCGUAACGCAGGUGGAGGAGCUAAAAAUAUUGAUUCGCAUGUUUCCAAUUUGGGCUACUGGAAUCAUCAUAUGUGCUGUUUAUGCACAAUUGGGUACAUUGUUUGUUGAGCAAGGGAUGAUGAUGGACAGGACCAUUGGUUCCUUCUCCAUUCCUGCAGCCUCUCUUUCAGCAUGUGACAUCAUAAGCGUUAUUUUCUGGGUCCCUGUUUACGAUAGGGUUAUCGUCCCUAUUGCGAGGAAGUUUACUGGCAGAGAGAAAGGCUUUACAGAGUUGCAACGUAUGGGAAUUGGCCUCUUUAUUUCAGUACUAUGUAUGGUAUCUGCUGCUUUGGUGGAGAUGAAGAGAUUGGCACUUGCACAAGCCCUUGGUUUGGUUGAUGAAAACGUUCCAAUACCACUUAAUAUCACGUGGCAAAUACCCCAAUAUUUUUUGUUUGGUGCUGCAGAAGUAUUUACAUUCAUAGGGCAGCUUGAGUUCUUUUACGAGCAGUCACCGGACGGCAUGCGUAGCUUGUUUGCUGCAUUGUCCCUUUUGACGACUUCCAUGGGAAGCUACUUGAGCUCUUUUAUUCUUACUGUAGUGACAUCUAUAACAACCAAGGGUGGGAAGGCUGGAUGGAUACCGGAUAACUUGAAUGAGGGCCAUCUCGAUUAUUUCUUCUGGCUUGUGGCUGCACUCAGCGUAGUAAACUUGGUGGUUUUUGUCUUUUGA